ACCACGUCUCUUCCUCCUGGAGCAGCUGUCCGACCCAGAGGCCUGGACUUCAGAGAGAUCUCCAGGAGCAUUCAAGCCUGGAGUGCUGCCUCCCCAACCCCAGGCGUGUGACGGGCCACCCAGCUUGCUUACGGUUCUGCAAAGACUUGAAGGAACUGACAAACCCGGAUGGCUACCCCUGACAGGAGAGUGGUCUCUAGACCCCCGAGACCUGGCCAGGGUGCAAAGGAGAGUGGGGCCUGCCUGGGUCCCGUCGAGGUGGCACUGCAGAGCAAGGCAUGGGAAUUCUUUCAGACCUGCGACACAGAAGGCAAGGGCUUCAUCGCCAGAAGGGACAUGCAGAGGCUCCAUGAAGAGUUACCACUCAGCCUGGAGGAACUGGAGGAUGUAUUUGAUGCCCUGGAUGCUGAUGGCAAUGGCUUUCUGACGCCAGAGGAGUUCACCACUGGAUUUAGUCACUUCUUCUUCAGCCAGAAUAAGCCGGGUCAGGAAGAGGCAGGUGAACAGGUGGCCCGGCUCCAGGAAGAGAAGGUGUAUCAGUCCAGGGGGGAAGAGCACGUGGGCGACACGGAUGAAGAUGAGGAGACCCAGUUCCAAAUGCUGAUGGACAGACUUGGAGCCCAGAAGGAUUUUGAAGAUGAAAGUGACAUCAAGCAGCUCUGGUUACGGCUGAAGAAGGAUGAACCUCACUUACUGUCCAGCUUCGAGGAUUUCCUGACCAGGACCUUCUCGCAGCUCCAAGAAGCUCACGAGGAGAAGAACGAACUGGAGUGUGCCCUGAAAAAGAAAAUUGCUGCUUAUGAUGAAGAAAUCCAGCAUCUCUAUGAGGAGAUGGAACAGCAAAUCAAGCAUGAGAAGGAGCAGUUUCUCCUCAAAGACACGGAGCGGUUUCAGGCUCACAGUCAGGAGCUCGAGCAGAAACUGUUGUCAAAGGAGCAGGAGCUGGAGCAGCUCAUCCAGAAGCAGAAACGGCUGGAAGGCCAGUGCGCCACGCUCCAAAAUGAUGAGCAUGAAACCAAGGCUGAGAAUACCAAGCUGAAAGUCACAAACCAGGAGCUGGCCCGGGAGCUGGAACGGACGUCCCGGGAGCUGCAGGAUGCCCAGCAGCAGCUGGAAAGCCUCCAACAAGAGGCCUCCCAGCUCCACCAGGAGAAGGAGAUGGAAGUAUACCGCGUGACGGAGAGUCUGCAGCGUGAGAAGUCAGGGCUCCUGAAGCAGCUGGAUUUCCUGAGGGAAAGAAACAAACAUCUUCGGGAUGAACAGGACAUACGUUUUCAGAAAGAUAAGGCAGCCAAGGCAAACACAGCUGCUUCCAAGGCGAACUGGAAACAGAGAUCUGGCUCUGUGAUAGGCAAAUACAUGGAUGGCAGAGGGAUUCUGAGGAGCCAGUCAGAGGAGGAAGAAGAUGUGUUUGGCCUCCCAAGGAGGAGAAGCUCCCUUGGCCUGGGUGGAUAUCCCCUUCCAGAAGAGGAGCCAGGGGCUGAGGGUCCGCUCCCCCGGGCACUCCGCAGAAUCAUUUCCAUUGAAGAAGACCCCCUGCCCCAGCUCCUGGAUGGUAGCUUUGAGCAGCCAUUGAGCAAAUGCUCAAAAGAGGAGGAGGUCUCCCAGCAGAGGGUGGAAGCACAAAGCCAGCAGGCCAGACCCUUGGAACCCAUGCCUACAUCUCCCCGAAGGCAGCCUGUUGGAAAAGAAGCCUUGUCUAAGGAGGAAGCCUCCCCCUCCAUCCCAGACCGGCUCUUCAAAAUUGUGCUUGUGGGCAACUCCGCUGUGGGGAAGACGUCCUUCCUGAGGAGGUUCUGUGAGGACCGGUUUGCCCCCGGCUUGGCAGCCACUGUGGGCAUCGACUAUCAGGUGAAAAUGAUGCACGUUGAUGGCUCAUACGUGGCCCUGCAGCUGUGGGACACGGCGGGACAGGAGAGGUACCGCUGCAUCACCCAGCAGUUCUUCAGGAAGGCCGAUGGCGUCAUCGUCAUGUACGAUGUCACCGCCAGACAGUCGUUCCUGUCGGUCCGGCAGUGGCUGAGCAGCGUGGAGGAAGCUGUGGGAAACUAUAUUCCUGUUCUUCUGCUGGGCAAUAAAAUUGACAACGAGAAAGAGCGGGAAGUCCCGCAAGGCCUCGGAGAGCGGCUUGCCAAGGAGAACAAUCUGAUCUUCUAUGAAUGCAGUGCCUAUUCCGGUCACAACACCAAAGAGUCCCUGCUCCAUCUAGCCAGGAUCCUCAAGAAACAAGAAGAUACAGCCAGGGAGGACACAAUACAAGUUGACCGCCCUGCCAAAAAGAAAUCUUGCUGUGGCUGAUAAGAGUCCUCCCAGCCCUGUUCCAUGUGGACAUGAGGUCACAGAACUUACCCUGAUUCCUGCACAUGGGCUCCUGCUUGGAUGCUGCCACCACAGCCUGCCUAAGCCCUUGUUUCUGUCAGCGACUUGCCUCCACCAACAGGAGGGGAAGCACAUCCAGCCAGGAAAGCUGCUCCUGGAGCAUUUUGGAAUCUUCUUUAUCUUCUCUCUCUAGACCCAGGUGCCCAUUUCCCACCCCUUCCCCCAGCUUAGUUUUGUGGGGAAAAGAAACAGAUGGGCUUUUCCAGAAAAAUCACCACAUGCCUUCCCCACCUCCCUUCUGCUCCCCUUGCCCUUAGGAAAUGCAGCACCGUGGUUGUCAUGGCAACCACGAAGGGCAGACUUGCUGCUUCCUGUAGGCCAAAGACACAGGACCAGGGCGGUGGGUCUUCCUUUGGCUCCUGUUCUCUGGAUAUCAGUGGGAUGCUCUUGGCAUAUGCUUCAUAGACCUCGAGAUGCCCACGUGGUGUUGAGAAAAGCAUCCACAUUCUAUUGCACACCCCACCCGCAGGGAUCCUGCUCCUUGCUGGGCUGCAGAACCCCGUGUCUCAGCAGCCACCAUGCCUCCUGUAUUUGCCCCCUCGCAGUCUCUGGAACAUGCCUUAUGAGAAACCCACACCCUAUCCUCUC